GCAAAAGAUCGAUCUUCGUGUUGGACAUGCGGCAUGCUAUGACCAGCGCGUGGCUUGUCAUUGCGUGCGUCUCCGGGGCUACCUUGGGGCCUUGUGCAAGGAACAGCAGCGUCAUGGACAGGAUCCAUGCACAGUCGACCCUUUGCCUGACCUACGAGGGGAACAAUGAGACAGUCAUGGUCGACCCAACCAACAGCUCCAUUUGGAAUUUCUCUGCUAUGCACAUCGAUGUGGUCGAAGCCUUGCCAGUGACCGCAGAUAUCGUGUACGUUGGCAUGCGUGGCUACGCCCUCACAAACGUUAACCUUUACUGGAGUACGUAGUGAUAUGUCAUUCAACAAGAUUCAGGCUUUGCCCAUACCUACCUUCAACGCCAGCAUCCGAAACCUGAAUUUGAGCUACAACAACAUCAACACCACGACAAGCCUAGCCAUUCCAGCAAAUGUCACCGUCUUAGACCUCAGCUUCAACUUCUUGGAAGGCUGUUCAUGGCUGGCACCGCCUCUGCAGCUAACUAGCUUGUACCUGCGAGGCAAUAAUCUGCGGCACACUGCCUUAGACGCCUCUACGUUGCCACCGCUCCUUGUGUUCUUAGAUCUCCGUGACAACCCCCACUUGGUUCUCACCCUGGACAACUCAACGUUGGCUCGGGUGACUGGGGCAAAUUUCACGCUGCGCCUCCCAAAUGCACAACUCACCAGCACUUCUACCUAUUGCGCCAACGGCACUCGUCCAGUGGUUGUGCACAACACGAUGAUGUGUGUCAUGAAUGAGUCCAACUCGAACAGUCUCACCUCCACCAAAAACUACACGCCCAUGUACAUGCUCGUCGCCGUGUGCACGGUGUUCUUUGCGUUGGUCGCCAUUCGGUUUUCCCAUUGCUCGGCCUACGACGACUUGCCACGUGAGCAACGAAUGGCAACACCCGCCUCGAAUUCCAUGGUCCUGCCCUAGGAGUGUCUAGUAGUACAAUUUUUGCUAUGAACCGAACAGGAUAAAAAUUUGUUCCCGUG